UGGAAGGCAUCCAGCAGCUGAGUAGGUGCUUCAUGCUGUUGACUCUCGAUGGUUUUAACAUCCAUGCUCCAAUCGAAGGUGCGGACCUGAGCGGAAUGAAAUAUGCGGAAGGAGCAGGAUUAGACACGAGAAAGAAGUGUUUGCCGGGAACCCGAGAGGAAAUUCUGGAUGAGGUCACGACUUGGAUCAACAAGGCUCCCGAUCGCUGUACGAAGCUAUGGACUUACGAAAGAUACUAAGCA